AUGGAGGAAUAUUUGUCAAUAGAUACAAUUAUGGAUACGGAACUAAGUACUUCAUAUCCUGUGGAGUUUUUAAAUUCACUUGAACUAUCGGGUCUACCGACACAUAAACUUCAAUUGAAACUAAAUGUACCAGUAAUGCUUAUGCGAAAUCUAGAUGAUCCUCGGCUAUGUAAUGGAACAAAGCUUCGGAUAACAAAAUUGGGACAGAACAUACUUAUUGCUACUAUUUCAACAGGUGUCGGUAAGGGAAAUAGUGUUAUAAUACCUCGGAUACCAAUUAUUCCCACUGACCUUCCAUUGCAAUUUAAAAGGGUUCACUUUCCCGUCAAGCUUAGCUUUGUUACUAUGUUACUAUGA